GUGUGAAGUUGAAGAGGCUGCGUGCUGCUAUUUGUGCCAGACUGCAGCCCACCACCACGCAGCAGCUUAUCGGACCGAACCAUUCCAGCUCGCCAGGUUCUCACCGGGUGCUUUCAUCGGCUUUCGUUGGUAGAUAGACGUGCUUUGCUAUAUUGGCGAAGGAUUUGGGACGCUGCCGCCGAGAGGCUCCGGCAAGAUGCGCGUUCAAGCUGCGCCGGUACCCCGGUGGUGUAAGCGGCAGCAGCAUCACCCGCCGCCUGCAAUGGCGCUGUAGCCGCUCCAGUCAGUGUGCAUCCUCACACUCUGCUCCGUAGUGGCCAUUCCGUCCGGGACUCUCCGAACUAGCGUGGGAUCGAAAUGCUCUUUUGGAAAGAAUCUGCAGCAAGAGCGUCAGUGUUUUUGCUUUGGCGUACUCCAAAUGUGUGGGUUUCACUUGUGCAUCACGCGUCAAACGGAGCCGAAGCCACGAAUGUGGGAGCAGGCCUGAAAGGAUUCUAAAACGGCAUCGAUUGGACCAGAUUUGGCAGCACUGCAGUAGGUCAAAGCUAACUCAGGACUGAGUUCUAAUGAGGCCACGGCGAUGCUGACAGCCUCGCUGAAUCCAAAGACAUCAUAAUGCUGAAGACGGAGGCCACGGGGGAGAGGACCAGCCUCCGGAGUGCCUCCCCGCACCGUAAUGCCUACCGAGCUGAGUUUCAGGCCCUCAAGAAGGCUUUCGACCAGCCUCAAACAGACGGAAUCUCCAAGCCCAAGGACCUCGAACGGGGGAAACAACCAAGGGGCCGCCAGUAUGGCACACACGUCAGCCGCAUUAAAGACAUGUUCAUGCAGAUGGGCUCAGAAAGUGCAAGUGUCAAGUCAAGGGAUCAAGAUGAUACCUCACCCCAAAAGCUGGUCAAGCCAACCAACUUCAUUAACAAGGCUGAUGGAUCGGUGAUAAAACUCCAGCAUUCCUCAUCGGCUGAAAGGGUAGGAGGUGCCAGAGCAAAGUUCUCGGAAACCAGGAAGUUGUUUGAACAGCAUUCACGUGACCAGUCCCAAUCACCAGUCUACCCCUAUGGACGUGAUAAAAGGGGUUCCCACGAGCAUCUCGACGACUGGCGGGGCGCAAGGUCCAACAGAGGCAGUACGGACUCGCUGGACUCACUGUGCUCCAGAACGGAGGCGUCGUCGCCAACUGUUAGCCAACUGAGUGCUGUUUUUGAAAAUGCCGACCAACACAACCAGGGUAUGCCCUUCAGAGGAGUCAGCAGACGGGCCUUAUACUCACCAGAUGGAUUCCAUCGCCAAGGAGGGGAUCUCAGCGAGGAUGAUGCGCGACAAUCUCCAAUUGGUGGAACUUACCGCAACAGGAUAGCGGGGAAGUUCCCGUCAUCUCUGUCCGCUGAGGACCUGCUGAAUCCGAGUGCUGGGGCCGAGACUGCAGAGCGCAAGCUAAUCCUCCGAGACAAUGAAGCCCAAGAUAAAGCUGAUAAGAGGCAACUAUCUGAUGCCACCACAAAUGGAAGUCAGUUCAAUGGCUCCUGUGAUGAGGAUGACAAACACUCAGCAAAAAUACAAUAUAUUGAGGAGGAUAAUGAUGGGUCAAAAACUACAAAUGACGACGUGAUUACCAAGAAGACUUUUGAGGAGGCAACCCUUGAGCCAACAACCACACAAACUGCUCUGGCUGGGGAAAGCCAAGAGGACCUUAUCAGAGAAGACACGUCUCCUGAAUCUCCCAAAGACCAGGUGGACGAACCUGACGAGGAAUACACCGGGAAUGAGCGGGUAAUUUUUAACGCAGAUGGGGAUGCGUGUUACCAAGGUUGGGGUGAAAGUUGUACUGACCCCGAGGAUGAGCUGUAUGGAGACGAUGAAGAUAUUGUCUACGACCCCGGCUCUGAUAUGACCGAGAUUUCUGGUCUGCCAGAAGAAAAUAAAGAGGACAUCCCCGCAACGAGGAAGAUUCGCUUCAGCACUGCUCCUAUUACAGUAUUUAAGACCUACUCCAACGAGGACUAUGACCGCCGUAACGAGGAAGUGGAUCCUGUGGCUUCGUCCGCAGAGUACGAGCUGGAGAAGAGGGUGGAGAAGCUUGAGCUUUUCCCCGUAGAGCUGGAGAAAGAUGAGGAUGGCUUGGGGAUCAGCAUCAUCGGGAUGGGUGUUGGUGCUGACGCAGGCCUGGAGAAACUGGGUAUCUUCGUCAAGACCGUCAUUGAAGGCGGAGCGGCCGAAAGAGACGGCAGGAUCAAAGUGAAUGACCAAAUAGUGGAGGUGGACGGGACCAGCCUGGUGGGUGUCACGCAAAGCUUUGCAGCCUCUGUCCUCAGGAACACAUCAGGAGUUGUACGCUUUGUCAUUGGCCGAGAGAGACCGGGCCAGCAGAGCGAGGUGGCCACGCUCAUCCAGCAGACCCUAGAGCAGGAGAAGAGACAGCGAGAGCUCCUGGAGCAGCAGUACGCUCAGUACGACGCCGAUGAUGAUGAGCAGACAGGUGAGUACGCAACGGAUGACGAGGAGGCGGGGAUCGCCGCGGCCAGCGAGGAGAAGAACAUCGAAGUGUUCGACCUGCCCGAGAACGACGAUGUCUUGUCGCCCUCGGAUUUAGACGCCACUAAACUCUACCAGAAAUUCAGAGAGCUCCAGAUCAAACACACAGUAACUGAGGCCGAGAUCCAGAAGCUCAAAAACAAGCUGGCCUCUGUGGAGCGGGAGAAGCAGCGUUGGGAGAAAGAGAAGAGCCAGUUGAAGGCCAGCAUCGAGGAGAACAAGGAAAGGAUGCUGAAGCUGGAGAGCUACUGGAUCGAGGCGCAGACCCUGUGCCACACGGUCAAUGAACACUUGAAGGAGGCCCAGGCGCAGUAUCAGACUUUAGAGAAGAAGUACAACAAAGCCAAGAAACUCAUCAAAGAUUUCCAGCAAAAGGAGGUGGAGUUGAUCCAGAAGGAGGAUGCCGAAAGGAGGCGCCUGGAGGAGGCCGAGAAAGCUCACCUGGCUGAGAUCCAGGGACUUCAAGUCAGGAUUGCAACAUUGGAGUCAGAGCUGAUGCAGCUGAUGAAGCAAAACAACAUCCAGGUCAACAACAACAACAGCAACAGUGCUGAGAGGCCGCCUGCUUUGCAGAACAGCCCCAGCAGAGCUGCAGCACAAGGAAGAGAACUAAGGAAGGGCUCCCCCUACUCUCCCAGCAAAGGGAAAGGCUCAAGAGCAAACAGCGUCAGCUCCACCGAAGGAGAGGUCUUAGAGGGGCGCAGUAGUCCAGGUCACAGUCGCUCUGGCUCCAUUCGUAGUGUGGCCUCUUAUGAUGCGGUACCCAGAGGUCUGGCCAGUGCAGAAGGAUCCCCCCGGCGAUUAAAAGAAGGUUCUCUUACAACAUCAAGCCCCUCUCGACGUGCGGAGGAGCAGAGACAAGCCCCUGAGUCUGGAUGCACAGAGGAAAGUCCUCGGAAAGUCAAGGGACAAUUUCAUGAGGGUCCCGCUUUGAGUGAGGACCUGAGUGCUAGCAGCAGCAGCAGCUCCGUAGAGAUCAGCGGGCUGGCCAGCGAAGCCAAAACAUCAGGACAUGCCGAAAACGUAGGGCUUUCUUCUGAUGAGAGUCUGGAUACGGUAGAUGAUGAGAUCCUAGAAGAAGAGUGGAUUACGAAGCAGCAUCAGUGGCAGAACCGCAAUGUAUCAGAGUGGACCUCUCAGCAAGUGGCCCGCUGGCUCAUGGGCCUCAGUUUAGAACAGCAUAUUCCAGAAUUCACUGCCAAAAACAUAGAUGGAGAACGGCUGCUACAACUGGAUAGUGCUGACCUCAAGUCUCUUGGAGUUACUUCUUCCCAGGAUCAAUGCUUGAUCAAGAAAAAAAUAAAAGCCCUUAAAGUUCUGAUGGAGAAGGCCAAGAGGAACGACGAGAAAGUGGAGAAACGACGUGAGAAGCUCAGGAAGAGAGAGCUGGAGCAACACCAGAAAGAAGCGCGAUAAAGCGCAGCCCAAGUGACCCGAUUCUGUCUGACUCUUUGGACUUUGGGUUCCUGCAAAGACAAUUUACAAAGGUUUUAAGAUUGAACCCUGCGGGACACCUUUGUACAGUGUGUGGUUUGAGCGCCAUCUACUGUUUUGGGCAACUUUUUCCACCACCAAGCAAGUUAAACCAAAACAGACAGUCGGGUUACGGGAUUCUGCCCUUUCAUUUUGCCUCAUUUUACACCGAUCCUGUUUUUAGGCAUUUCAAGAAAUGAUUCUUUUAUAUUUAUUUUGAGGUUUGUUGCUGUAAAUUGGGUUUAUUUAUUCAUCUCCAGAGUAAAUAUGUGACCUAGGCAAUGCAUAUUCAUCCAUUAUCCUCUCCAGAGCUAACUGUUCUACUCCUUUUCAGUAUGACAAUCCAUUCGAGCAUUUAUUUAAUUGAUAUCCAGCUUAAAGUAACUAGUGUACACUGUCCUCACUCGUAAGACAAUUCAGCGCUUUAGUAGAACUGGGCCACACUAGUAGAACAAUUGUGUCUGACUAGUAAGGUUUUUUCCACAACAAGCGCUACUUUUGGCCAACUAAUAUGCAAUCAACCCUUACUAGUAAACUACUGUGCUGCACUAGUAUCACUACUAGGCUGAACUAGUAAGCAUGUGUCAUUUAAAGAUAUCGAAUAAAUGCUCAUUCAUUUGAUAUCCUUGAUAUCCAGCAUAAGGUCCAUAUACUAGUACACUCUGUAUGACAAUUCAGUGCACUAGUAGAACUACUAGGGCACACUAGCAUAACAAAUAUGUCUUACUAGUAAAGCUUAAGGUCCAUGUACUAGUACACUAGGAGAGCUUUUGCAUACUAGUUGGACAACUACAUAUUACUAAUGAGACAAAACUGUGCACUAGUCAACAUCUGCGCAUUACUACUACUAAUUGUGAGGCCCUAGAUGUUAACUAGUAGAAUUUUAGAACACCACCAGUCCAUGGACAUUAAGCUGGAUAUCAGGGCUAUCGAAUAAAUGCUCAAACGGCUUAAUAUAUUUCAGGACCUUUCGAUGUAUAUCAAACUGUGCAGUGCAUACUGACACAAAUGCGUCUAAUGUGCCAUUUUAAUACUCAUGUUUAUGCUACUCUCAUAGUUAGAUCACUGGAAGCGCUAAUAAUUUGAUGCAACCUGGACUACAUGAGUACUCGUAUUACCACUAGGUGUCGCCACGCUGCUUAAGUUUGUUGUUAAAAGGAAAACACUGGAACUUUCCAUUAGGACUAAACUUGCGAGAACACUGGAAGUGCGAACACUGUAAACCUUUGCACCAGCAUGUGCAAUGUUCCUUGCAGUAGAAAUGUACCCAAUACUGUAUGUGAUGCAGCUAUGAAAAAGUGGAUGUACUUUAUGACUGCUUCUGAUGAAGACAGUGGAAAUGUGUAAAUGACCAAACUUAUUCCAUUAAAAAAAAAAAAAAAAUUACAAAAAAAUAUAUACCUGAUACUUCCUGCUGAUAUAUACAGUAUACUGUUGCUUGUAACCCGCUUUGACCUCUUUUUGUAUUCCUUUUAAAUAACGGUAAUAAUACCCAACUGCUACCUUUAGACAUUCUAGAGAAUUUUCCUGAAAUAACUCGCUAAAUACACUUAAUGUUUUUUUCCUGCCAGAAAUAAAAACAUCACAAACACUAUAAAGAUGACAAAUGAUAUUGAGGAAGGCAGCCAUAUGAUAUAAAUGGUUUAUCUCUGUGCUCAGAUGUGGUAAAGAUUCUCAAUUUAUACUAUUAUAGAUGUUACACUGCAAAGGACAUGCAAUGUAUUUGAUUUAAUUUAAUGUUCCCUAAACAUGGAUUUCUACCCUAUAGUAUGUACUUAGAAUUGUGUUUUAGGAUUGCGAAGCGCAGCGAGAGACAUUCCGAAGUUCAUUGCCUAAAUACGGAACAUUGAUUUGAUGCGUCCAUGCUGUUGCAGUAGUUAGAAUAUCCAUGAUAUUGUUUAUUUAUUUCUGUAUUUAAGAAGUCAACUGAUCACAUGAACAAAAUUGCAAUGAACCAACAAAGAUUUAUCCACAAUUGUAAUAUUAUGAAUUGCUUUCCCCAUAAAUUAUUUGUUUUCUUGAUUAAAACUGAAUUGCAAUCUGCUAAAAAAAAUAAAUAAGUGGAGGCUUUUAAGAACAAAGCAUCCCAUUGUGCUUGUUUCCCCCCCCCCCCGCCCCCCCCCCCCCCCCCCCCCCCAUCUGAUCCAUCCAUACACUGCCACAAUAAACUACUCGAGAUACAUUCUUUUGAUAUUUCUGUACUGUAUAUGCUUUUCUGUUUCCUUCACUGUGAGAAUAUGCAGUUUGUGGAAGCAAAUUAUCUUACCUGGUGUGAUGAAUGCAAUGUAUAGAUGGGACACUGGUGCUCCCAGCAGGCCAAAACUGUGAGUCGUGCCCACAAGGGCUCAUUUGACAUUGGUUUUUCAGAUCAUCGCCACAAUGUGCUUUUGUUCCUCCUCUUACCCCCCUUCACCCCUAAUUUGGUCUAGUUUUUACAUAAUGAAAAGUUUGAAAGGGCAGCUAUAAUCCCUGUUACACUGAAUAAAAUGUGCUGUCAAUGA